CACACACACACACACACACACACACACACACACACACACACACACACACACACACACUCACACUCACACACUCACUCACUCACUCACACUCAGAAACCUCCUAAGAAACCCUAUGGAGAGCUUGCUAACCCUGUAGAUUGAUCAGACCAUUAUGUGUCCUGAUGCCAUGGUGGCGGGGUGCUGACCAUAUUGCGGAGUGUGAGAGCAGUGUCAUGGAGACUGGGCCUCCAUCCACUGGGGGUCCUGAUGUGGUGUUGGGGCUCCAGAGACUCUCUUUUGCCUACCAGGGCCUCUUGGAGAUUCCCUAUGACACUAUCCUUCAGCAACAAGAUACUCUAGAAGUUCUGGACCUCAGCUACAAUUUACUGGAUGAGAACCCAGCUCUUUUGGGGGGCCUGGACAAGCUCAGCACACUCAUCCUGGACUGCAACAACUACAAUGCACAUGUGAAAUUCCCCUACAUGCCCAGCCUAACCACCUUGUGGAUCAACAAAAACAAAAUCAGCAACCUGCCCAUCAUUGUGGAGGAGAUCUGCUGCAAAUUCCCAAAUAUCAAAAUUCUUAGUAUGAUGGACAAUGAAGCAGCUCCCAGUUACUUUAAUGGAGGCAGUCUUACCCAGUAUAUUGACUACAGGCAGUACGUGAUCAGUCAGAUACCUAGUCUGGAGGUGCUUGAUGACACAGAGGUGCAGAAAAAAGAGCGAGAGCUGGCCAGGAAGACUUACAGGAUGCAGAGAAUCAGAGAAGGCAGCAAGAGGAGGAAGGAGCUUCGUCGCUAACAGCAAACUGUUAAUCAUAUCAUAAGCUUCCCCCAGGCUGCACUCAAAAAAUAGCUUUUUGGCUGAACUUGAUUCAAUCAUGGACAGUGGUUCCAUGCCUUUUAAAUGAGUUUUCUUAACUUUAAAAUUACAAUGUAAUCUCAACACAAACACUUAGUGUAGAAUUACCUAGUUGAAUUGGGUAAAACCAAAAAAAUGAGAUGCAUCAAUUUAACUCAAAUAAAUCACUUUUAUUUAUUUGUGUACUACUAACUAGUGAAAGUGAAUGUUAGCAAGCAAAAUACUUGUUGUUUGGGAACUCGUCAGAGAGUAGUUUAGCAACUAUGCUAUGGUUAGCACAGCAAUUGCUCAAUGAAGCAAUCACUUUCUUGUGUGACAUUUACCUGUCCUCAUUGUUAGCUCAAGCUCAUCUCUCCAAUAUAACAGAAAUUCUUCUAAAUCUAAACAUAACAAAACACUAAUGAGUAUCGCUCUUUAUAUUCAUAUUGUACAAAAAACAUCAAAUAAUUCUUAUUUUUUACAUUUACUCUCCCUAUCGAGUCCCAUGCAAAGCAUGAUGGUAAAUGGAAAUCCUCUGCCCAGUUUCAUCAGUGCAAAAUUAAUUCCACAAAAAGUAUUCAUGUCCCAACUGGAUUAAGUAAACUUCCAUUUUACAAUUUGAAAUGGAUAGAACACAAUGAAAUCAAGUUGUGACAACAUUUUCUAGAAUUGUUUGCUUUAGUUUUAGUUCAGUUUAAUUAAAGGUGCACUCAGUAACUUUUGUCUUUGUGUCAUCUUGGACUUACAAUGACACCUAGCGGCUUGGAUGCAGCAUCAUUUAAAAUGAAUAGUUUUCCAUGUCAGAUGCCAUUGUAGAAUGUAGUAUUCACAGUCAGCCAUGAUUACUUUAAUCAAUGAAUGAAAGUGUCAAAUAACAGGACGGUUACUGAGAUUAAGCAAGUAGUAUUCAGCUGGUCAUGUGAUUCUAACAUGGCAGCCCCCAUGUGCGGACCCUCUCCAUGUAGAAUAAAACAGCUUUUAUAAGGUUACUGAUAUGACUGGAGUCUUCAUUUUAAUGUGAGCGCUCAUGAUAUCCUACAUAUAGGCGUUACACUUUUUUUUUUAGGGCGUUACACUUUUUUAAUUAGGAAAAAAUUACUAAGUGUACCUUUAAGUAAAUUGAAGAGGCAGCAAAGCAGCAUUUUUAUUUUUUUAUUUUUUUAUUUUGUUGUGCAUGUAAGACAUUUAAAAUCCCAGAACAACCCAAGCACUCUUUACAGAAUUCAUUAGCCCCAAAGACUGUUGACAGAAAUUAAUUACUUAUGAAACAGGACAUGUUUUCAUUUAAACUUUGAUUUGAAACCACAACAAAUAAAUAUUAAAUGAUCUGUU